AGGUGCCUUUAUAUCAAGCAGACAGCCGCCUAUAGCCGUGGCUAGCAAGCCAUUAGCCGCCGUUAGCAGCCACUAGCCGCUUUUAUUAUCGCUGGAGCGCGCAACCAUCAGAUUUUCAUUACAUGAACCUGUUUUCUGGUCUUCCAGAUGCACCUGACGAAUCCAACUUGGGUUCAUCAUGAAGGUGGUGCAAUUUACUCUGUGGACAUCCAUCCAACAAUGGAUAAACUGGCUACAUGUGGCCAGGGAGAUGUUGGAGGAUGCGGACUUGUUAUUAUUUGGAAUUUGAAGCCAAUACAGAGUGAGAAAGCUUAUGCUGAUAUCACCUGCCACAAAAUCUUAGCAAGAAUACAGCAUCAAGCGGGUGUGAAUUGCGUUCGAUGGGCUCAUGAUGGUGCUCUAUUGGCCUGUGCGUCCGACGACAAAGUGAUCACAAUCUAUGAAUAUGGUGGACGUGUACAGUCGGCUGGUUCCAUUGGCAGCAAAAAUGUGGUUAAUGUUGAAAAAUAUCGGUUGACUCAUACUUUGCAUACUCACUCAAUGGAGGUGCUUAGUGUGGAAUGGUCAUGCGACGGUCGCUAUUUGGCUUCUGCAUCUAUGGAUAAUACAGUGGUCGUGUGGAAUGCAAAGAAGCUUCCUGAACGCAUUGUUGUAUUGGACAACUCACGCGGAGGACAUAAUGGUCCAGUCAAAGGACUAAGUUGGGAUCCCAUAGGGAAGUACUUAGCUACGCAGUCAGCCGACAAGUCUCUUCGAUUAUGGACGACAGAUAACUGGCAGUGCGAUACUGUGAUUACAAAGCCAUUCAGCCAGAGCAGCCAAACUACUAUGUUUUCACGUUUGGAUUGGUCACCCGAUGGUCAGUUCCUGUUUGCACCUUGCGCGAUGAAUAACCAAGGUCCCACAGCUCAAAUUAUUAUGCGAAAAGAUUGGGAUACGGAAUUAGAUCUUGUUGGACAUCGAAGGGCGGUGACUGCAAUCCGAGUAUGUCCACGACUGCUAUCGUAUGUGGAUUAUGCAGGAAAAACGAUUCAGGUCACAUGCGUUGCAAUCGGUUCGCGUGACAAAUCUUUGUCAGUGUGGGUAUUGCCGCGGGUGAAGCGACCUGUUGUUGUACUUCAACGCCUCUUUAAGCACUCUGUUACGGAUUUAUCAUGGCGUGGUACUGAUUUGGUCGUGUCAUCUCAGGAUGGCUCGAUAAAAUACCUCUCAUUCCGAGAAAAAGAGCUUGGCACGAUGCUGUCUCCACAAAAAAUGGGAAAUGUGUGCGAGUCCUUGUACAAAAUUCGACCUGCCCAGUAUUGUAACUACAGUAAUGGUAAUGCGGUGGACGCACCAUCAAAGUCGAACAGUUCCUUCAUAGACUCACCUGAAGAGCUCCUGGCGAAGAGAAAGGCCGAAGCAGCCGUAUCAAAAGAGCCAGCUAAACCCACCGAACCUACUGCAUCGCAAACUAAGACGACUACACAGAAUGCUGCAUCUAAAGUACUUUCCGAGCAGCGACAGCAGCAAGUCGAGGUUCGCACAUCAGAUGGUAAACGCCGCAUCCAGCCAAUCUUUCUGGGAUCUACUGUCGACGAGGAGCCUGCGCCAGCUCCUGCGCCAUCGCAAAGCAAACCACAGUCGCGUCCUGAACCAGUGGAUGAACCCAUGACGUCAGAUGUUGACGAAGGUAGUGGAGAUAAAUCGCCGGCGAAAACAGUAAGCCGUCUUGCUUCAACUGACGACUCUAUGGUGGAAAGCACUGAUGAUGACGUUGAUUCAUCAGAUGUAGAUGCAAGAGCAGAAAAAGAGUCGCAGCUGGAUGAUCUAAGCAAAAGAACAAAAAUGUUGAUGGCAGACUUCAAGAAACCUCUAUUGCGCCCAUUAGACUCUUCUCGGGUUGAGGUAUCGCCAGCAAGCGCUGUUCUAGAUGUUCCUGAGCAGAGGGCCAUGAUAAGCGAAGGCGUACAAGGAGUACUUGGCGAUACGGUUGAAGUGGACAAUGACUGGAUAAUGGGUGGUGUUCGUGCUAGUAAGAUAUCAUAUCUUCAUUCGCGAAAUCCUAUAUGGAGUGCAGAGAUUGGACCAUCUGUAGCUGUAAUCGUAGCAAACAGAUUUUGGACGAUCGCUGGAUGCUAUGACCGCAGCGUUUUCGUGUACACGAGCGCGAAUGGAAGACUACAUCUUCGCAAUCAACUUGAUGCCGCUCCUGUUCGUGUUGGGAUCAAUGGACACAAGAUGUACGUCCUGACGCAGACCGGACAUUUGAGUACCUGGGAUGUCGAUAAGAUGAAAGCCAUUCUAUCUCGGCAGUCAAUUGCCGACUGUGUCGCAAAGGAUGCAAAUCUCACCUCAAUCUCGGUGACGCCCAUGGGUAUACCGCUUCUGGGCUUUUCAACUGGAACCAUUUUCACGUUCUCCUUGGAUAUGAACUGCUGGCAGAUUGUUGACUCGGUGACACCAUUGAUGAAGUUGUGCGAUUCCAUUGAUGCAGACGAGUUGCCAGAUGGUCCCGUUGGGCGGCUUCUGAAGCGGAGAAAACGGCCUGGUCUUCUGCCAUCUGUACCUAGAACAAUCAGUGCAUCUGUCAAGGAAUCGCUUUUGGAGGGCUGGUUACAGGCUGCAAAAACCGCUGGUAGUACAAUGGACUAUCGCGGAUUGUUGAUGACUUACGUGCAGCAGCUUGUGCGGAAUCGAUCCACUUCCAAGCUUUCGGACAUUUUAACCGAUCUGAAGGAGCAAGGUUACAUUUGCGGAACGCUACGAAGUGCUCUUAGAGAAGAUGUUGAAAAGAUAAUUGCUUCUGAUCCAGUGACUUCAUCUUUAGUUAAGUCGAAGGAAACCGACAGUUUAGUGUUCUGAUUGUCAACUUUUUGUUUGAUCUCCGUGCUGAGUAAUGCAGAUUUUCGGGUCCCAUGACCACCUGUGUAACCUUCUACCGUCAGGUGAUUUUUUUUCAUGUUGCAUCACCGACUUCUCGCUUUAUAAUUGGUUAACAUGUACAAAUUAACAAACUAGCCUAUGAAGCAUCUCAACUCUUUCCUUUUCUCUUCGGAAGUUUCUAUGUUUCAAGUUCUUUACGGAUUUGGAUCCAAGAUGAUAAAAGAUUGAGUAUCC